CUACUCUAGUUCACAGUCUCUUGAAAAACACGUGAAAAUAUAGAGGUUAGCACAUUAAAUCCUGAUAUUAAAUCAUUGAUAUGUAAUGUCACGUUUUAGAAUUUGGCAAUAUGGUAUACCAUUUAUGAUUUUUAUUCUUGGUGGAUCAUUUGGCCUUCGAGAAUUUACAGAAUUACGUUAUAGAUAUAAACAGGUAUAUGAGUAUACAAUACGUGAUGAACUAGAAAAAAAAGGAAUUGAGAUGAAACAACCAGAAGAAAUAACUUUAGAAAAAGAGUAUGAAAAAUUAAAAAAGGCAGAUUUGGAUAAUUGGAAAAACGUUCGAAUACCAAGACCAUGGAAAGAAUAAGAAGAUGCAAAGAUUUAGUUAUCGAUAGAAAAAUUCUCAAUAGAUUUUACUAUUAUAAUUUUAUGGUAUAAUUAAUUCAUAAAUCUUCAGAAUGCAUUUUGAUAUUUGUAUUUUU